CCCCCCCCCCCCUCCACUCAACCACUUACCUACCACGGGUAACCAUCUAUUUCGUCUCACAUUCACCCUCCCCGGAAACGCCAUCGCCAUGGCCGCAGGCCAGGAAGCCGUCUCCUUCGAUGCGAUCAUCCAAGCCGAUCGCAAGAGAAGAAAGAAUGAAGAACUCGCAAAUCAGCUCCUAAGCAAACGCAGAACAGGAAACACCGCCACCAAGGCUGCCGGGAGGCCCCAGAACGUGAAGCCCGGCAGUCUGGCGAGUCGGAUCGGUGUAGUCAAGCGCUCCGCGUCCGCUACUUCCUCCCCCAAAGCGAACACCCCCAACCCGCCACCCGCGCGCCAGGGUUUCCGCCCAGGUCCCUCGAACAGACGCCGUCCCGAUGAGAGCCGUCUUCUUUCGGCCCUCAACCCCGAGAACGGACAGGCUAAUGUGCGGAACGGGACGGGACUGUCCAUCAAGGGCGCGGGCUCCGGGCCUUUCGUCGUCGUCGCAAGCAACUUUGCCCCGGGAACCACCGCCGCCGAUAUUCAGUCCACGAUCGAGCCCGCCUCGGGCGAGAUAUUACGCUGCUGGGUGACCUCGCAGCGCCCGGCUGUCACAGCGGAGAUUACGUUCGCCGAGAAGCAGGCCGCGGAGAGCGCCGUCGCCAACUUCCACAACCAGAAGGCCGACGGCAGAUUUAUAUCGCUACGCCUGAUGCAAAACAGAUCCAACGCCGACCGGGACCUGUUCGGCCGCUCGACCAAUGCCACCCGCAACGCCCAGUCGUCCUUCGAUGACCUCCGGGAGCAAGCAGAUCGCGAUCGCCGCCAGCACCGCCCAUCCGACCCUUCUCUGCAGGACGGAAGAUGGGGAUUCAAUGACCAGAACCAGCCUUUCGACCAAACGCGAUCCAGAGGGAACUUUCGCCGGCAGAACUACAGAGGCGGGCGCGGCGGGGCGCGCGGAGGGGGGAACAUGACUCCCCUCAGAUCACGAUGGUCCUCCACCUCCACCUCCACCUUCGAAACAAGAAACUGGUCCACCCCACUCGCCCAAACCCUCGCCAACGCAAUCAAAGUAACAGGCCCCAUCCCCAUCGCGGCCUUCAUGCGCCAAGUCCUCACCAACCCCGAAGGAGGCUACUACACGACACGCCCGUCCGGGACCGGCGAAGUCUUCGGCAAGAAAGGCGACUUCGUGACCUCGCCCGAGAUCUCGCAGGUGUUCGGGGAGUUGGUGGGCAUUUGGACGAUCGCGGAGUGGAUGGCGCAGGGGCGGAAGCGUAGCGGGGUGCAGUUGAUUGAGGUGGGGCCUGGGAAGGGGACGUUGAUGGAUGAUAUGUUGAGGACGUUCCGGAAUUUCAAAUCGUUUACGACGAGUCUGGAGGCGAUAUAUCUGGUGGAGGCGAGUGGGACGUUGAGGGAGGUGCAGAAGAAGUUGCUUUGUGGGGAGGGGGCUGCCAUGGAGGAGACGGAGAUUGGAUGGAGGUGUACGAGCAAGUAUUUCGAUGUGCCGGUUGUUUGGGUCGAGGAUAUUAGGCUCUUGCCCCAUGAAGAAGACAAAACACCAUUCAUAUUCGCGCACGAAUUCUUCGACGCCCUCCCCAUCCACGCCUUCGAAUCCAUCCCCCCGUCCCCCGAGAACCAGCCCCAACCAGCCCAGCAGGAAAUCAUGACGCCCACGGGCCCCGCGAAACUGCACCAGCCGCUCAAGCCCGCCAACACCCCGCAAUGGCGCGAACUCAUGGUCACGCUGAACCCCCAAGCCGUCGAAGAGAACAUCGACGGCGAGGCCGAGUUCAAACUCACUCUCGCCAAGGCAUCCACUCCGUCCUCGCUGGUCAUCCCGGAGAUAUCGGCGCGCUACCGCGCGCUGAAGUCGCAGGCCGGGUCGACGAUCGAAAUCAGCCCCGAGAGUCGGAUCUACGCUGCUGACUUUGCGCGGCGCAUUGGUGGCGCGUCGCAGCCUCCGCGGACAGUCGCAGCGAAGCAGGGUGGUGGUGGUGGUGCUGCGCCCGCGAAGAGCGUGUCCUCCGGCGCAGCCCUGAUUAUGGAUUACGGCACCUUGGACACGAUCCCGAUCAACUCGCUGCGCGGGAUCAGGGAGCAUAGGAAUGUGCCGGCGCUGUCGGCGCCGGGACAGGUGGAUGUGAGUGCGGACGUGGAUUUCACGGCGUUGGCGGAGGCAGCGCUGGAGGGGAGUGAGGGCGUGGAGGUGCACGGGCCGGUAGAGCAGGGCGAUUUCCUGCAGGCCCUGGGAAUCACGGAGCGCAUGGAGCAGCUGCUGAAGAGGGUCGGAGAUGAGGAGAAGCGGAGGACACUGGAGACCGGGUGGAAGAGGCUCGUGGAGAAGGGCGGCGGUGGCAUGGGCAGGAUCUAUAAGGUGAUGACUAUCAUUCCGGAAAAUGAUGGGAAGCGGAGACCAGUUGGGUUCGGAGGGGGCAUUGUGGCGCCUUAGAUGGCGGUGAUGCCGCCGCCGCCGCUGCUGCUGCUGCUGUAUACUAUUGUUCCUGUGGUAUAGACACCGUGUAUGUGUAUAAUAUUCUAGAAAGGAUAACACCUGAG